AUGUCUUUCACAGCGGAUAAGACUUCAUCGGGCCUCACAGCUCGUCAACUUCUCGGACUUGAUGACAACGCUGCACGUAACAAUUCCCGAAAUGAUAACACCAAUCCUUCACUUCCUUCUCACGCCGCCUACGUCCCCGACUCAAACAGAUCCACUUGUUGUGAAGACACUCGCCGCAAGCUGGCACUGGAUGCCCCAACCCACGAGAACGAUACCGGAAGCAAUGGCAUGCAUCCUCCUAUGGUUCCAACCACACAUGGCCCAAACAGCGAUUCAUCACAAGGCUACCGCCCCGAACCCAAUCCCACCCAAAUACUCAGUCAGUUACAACGCAUGCUUGAAGACGAGGACGAAGACAAAGACAGGGCGAAUCCUCUACAAUCCACCCAAAUGCAGCCAGAACGCACACCACCACCAUCAUCAUCCUUCGACCGCGAAGCCUGGCUCGCCACCCGCCCAACCAUCGCCGACCUCAUCACCCCCAGACCACUUCCCCCACCGCCACCCAUCCCACCCCCCAAAACCUACUCUCCCCUCACCGAAUUCUGCCUCCGCCACAAUUCCGUCUGCUGCUGGCCCUGUUCCGACGGCCGAGAUAAACUCCCUGCUCUCGAGGUCUAUUUCAACCAGCUCGUCAACUCCAAUAAGCUUCGUUACCAGCAACUAGAGCUAGUGGACGAGAACGGUAAAAUUCCCGAAAGGCAGGUCUGGAUGUCGAGUUGUCCGGUCAUGCUAUGUGAUGUGUGCUGUGCAUGUUUGAAGCCGUGGAGGUGGGGGCAGGGAUGUUGGUGGGCGCAUUGGUGGAUUUGGGUGACGGUGGAUGGAGAAGGGGAAGGAGAAGGGGAAAGGGGAAAUGGGAGGGUGAGGGCGUUGAUACCUGGUCGUGGAGGAGUGUGGAAUUGGAAAAAGGAGCGUGAUGCGGCAGAAUGGAAGUAG